AUGGCCGAUAUACAGAAUCGACAUGGUCUUCGUGGAGAAGGUACCAAAGGAAAAGGUACACAUGAUCCAGCCAAGUUUCUACCUCAACUACCCGAAGUACGCGCUAAGCCACAAUGGGCAACACCUCGGGCACCCUUAUUUGUUCCCGGAAAGAAUAAACUUAAUGAAGUCGCAACUGAAAAUGAACGAUUCCUACAAGAACUUAUUGAACGUGAUCCGAAACGAAAACGACUUCACGGACCUGUUCGUAGUCCUGACUCAAAAGCUCUUGAAGCUGUACAUCGUAAAACAGUCGAUUCAAAGAAACAACGUGAAGAUUUUCGCAAAGCUCUUGUCGAUAUUGUUACAAAUGGAGAUAAUAACAGUGGUAAUGAUUUGAACAGUUUAUAUUUAAAUGGAGCUGAUAAUACACCAGGUGUAUCUGAUAUGCCAACAGCUGUUGAAAAAGAUAUUUUACGUUAUCAUUUUUAUGUUCACAAUGGUAUUGAUACAGAAUAUGUGGCUGAAUUAGAUGAGAAUCGUAUAAAUGAUACACUAUCACGUCUUCCAAAUGAUUUACGAAACAGUUGGGAGUCGCUCGUUACUUCACUGACUGAAGAAAUGAAAGAAGAUUAUUUGUUAAGCGUUAAAAAAGCCAUUGUUGACUUUGUACUUCGUGAUCCACGUGAUACAGAAGAAAGAGUAAAAGAAGAAACUCUUCCACAUCGCCAAGAAAUAGCUGUUUUGCCUAAACCAUGGCAUGGUUCUUUUGUUCACGCGAGAAAAUUUAUUGAAAAAAAUCUUCAUUCAAUAAAUCCAGCUAUGGCACAAGUAUUAUCAAUGUGGCAUAAAAAUAUCUUCAAAAAAUUAAAAGUGAUUGAUUGUGAAGAAUUCCGUGAACGAAAUGACUCUAUUGAACUUUCAACUUUUCAUACCACAUGCAAACGACAUAUGGAUUCAGCAAGAGAACAAUUAGCUAAACGAUGGAUCAGUGAUAUUCAAACCAUAUUUUAUCAAGGUCAUAAGCGUGGCAUUGUUCCAAGUCAAGAGGAUCCGAAAUUUCGUUCAUUUUUUAAUACAGUUGCUACGUUAAUGACACAAUGUUUACAAGAUAUAACAUUGUACACAAUUGAUGAUUACACAAAUUUACUGAUAACACCACCAGAAUCGAUUCGAAACUAUGAACAUAGCGGUUUUAUUAUGAAUAUGUUUUUGAGUGAAGAUGAAAUUAAGUUUGAACCAUCGUUUACAGAUUUCGAAACAGUCUUUCUUUCAAUGUACGAUUUAAUUAUUGCUAAAUGUAGUAAUUUACCAAGAAUCGAGGCAAAAUUAUUUUCUGAUCGAAGUACCAGUUAUGGUGAUAGUCAAUAUUUAAUUCCCGUUAUACUUCCAUCAAUACUGGAAUCAAAUAAAGCACGUUCACGUGAAAUGUUACACGGAGAAUUCGAAGGACCCCGUGAACAUGCCUCAACAUUUGAUCAAUAUUCAGUGUUAAUAACAAAACAGGCUGAUGCUGAUGUUGAACAAUUUUUAAAUCAAGAACAUUCAUUUAAUGAUUAUAUACAAGAAGUACAGAAAUACAAAGGAAAAAUUGAAGAAAUUACAUACAAUUUGGAAAAAGUUGUUCGCCGUGGAAUGUUUGAAAUUCAUUGUAAUGAUUUAAUACGAUCGUUAGCUAAACGAGCAGAAGCUUGUAUGAAUCGUUUGCUUGAACGAAUGGUAAAAGAUCAUCGAGAAUCAGGAGAAGAGUUAAUUGGUCAUUUUGAACGUAUUGCUGAACAAGCCGUUCGAACGCCAAUGAGUACAGCUGAAUUAAUGGAUAUAAUCGCAUAUUUAAGUAAAGCAAAAACUCAGACAAUUCCCGAUCUUGAAAAACGUCUUGUACAAGCUAAAGAUGAACUGAUUUUUCUAUUGGACAACACUGAAUUACCACCAGCGGAUUUACGUUUAAAUACAAAUAUGUUUUCUUGGAUCGAACGUAUGCCAGCCGCAUUUGAAGAACAUGCAUCGAUUGCAAAAGAAAAAAUUGAACAAUUCAAAGAAGCUUUAACAUUAAAACGUGAACGAUUCGUUGAAGAACUUGAUAAUUAUACUAAACAAGUGGAAGAACUUCAAGAAAUGGGAAAUAUCAAAGAAUUGCCACGCUAUCAUAAGAAAGCUCAACAUCUCGAACAGAAAUUAUCGCAAGCUGCUGAACGAAUUGAACAAUUUAAUCAAGAAGAAGAAUCAUUCAAAUGGGACAGCACAGUUUAUCCAAUUCGUCAACAAACACUAAAUCAAUUGCAACCUUAUUUGAAAUUAUAUGAAACAGGCGUUGAAUUUACCAAUAAACUCAUUGAAUGGACAGAAGGCCCAAGAGAUAAAGUUCAGCCGGAUCAAGUAGAACAAGAUGUUGGCAAUUAUGAACGGCAGCUAUUUAAACUUGAACGCCAAUUUAAUAAUAAUCCACAACCACGCAAAAUGGCCAAUCGACUACGUGUACAAGUCGGAGAAUUUAAAGAGAAGACGCCAUUAAUUCAAACAUUAUUCAAUCCUGGCUUGCGUGAUCGCCAUUGGGAACAAAUCUCAUUAGUUAUUGGACAACCAUUUAAACCUGAUGAAGACACUAAUUUAAAUAAAAUUAUCGAAAUGGAUAUUAUACAGCAUAUACCCAAACUUGAACUAAUCAGUGAAGCAGCAUCGAAAGAAUUUUCACUUGAGAAAGCCAUGGAAAAAAUGAAAAAAGAUUGGCAAAAUAUCGAGUUCUCAAUUAUUCCCUAUCGUGAAACUGGCACUUAUGUCUUAUCAGCUGUUGAUGAUAUUCAAUUAUUACUCGACGAUCAUAUUGUUAAAACACAAACAAUGAAAGGUUCACCAUAUAUUGGUCCAUUUCAAAAAGAUAUUUUAGAAUGGGAACGUGUGAUGACUACGCUUCAAGAUAUUCUUGAUGUUUGGUUAACUGUACAAAAGAAUUGGCUUUAUCUUGAACCUAUCUUUAGUAGUCCUGAUAUUAUGGCGCAAAUGCCUGAAGAAGGUCGUCGUUUUACAGCAGUCGAUAAAACAUGGCGUGAACUAAUGAAAGCGUGUUUACAAGAUAAACAUUCAUUAGUAAUUGUUAAAAUAGAUAAAAUGUUGGAAAAAUUUAAAAAAUCUGAUGAUUCAUUGGAACUUAUCCUUAAAGGUCUUAAUGCGUAUCUUGAAAAGAAACGUCUAUAUUUUUCUCGUUUCUUCUUCUUGUCGAAUGAAGAAUUAUUGGAAAUUUUAUCCGAAACAAAAGAUCCAACUCGUGUUCAACCUCAUUUACGUAAAUGUUUUGAGGGCAUUGAUAAAGUACAAUUUACCGAAAAUCUUGAAAUAACACACAUGAAAUCUAGUGAAGGCGAAGUUGUUGAAUUAAAAGACAUUAUUUCUACAGCCAAAGCUCGUGGUCAAGUUGAGAAAUGGUUACUGGAAUUGGAAGGUGUUAUGAUUGCAUCUGUUCAUAAAGUUAUUGCUGAAUCUAUUGUUGAUUAUCAAAAACGACGCCGUGUUAUUUGGGUACGAUCGUGGAUGGGUCAAGCUGUUUUAGCUGUUACUAUGUUUUUUUGGACACAACAUAUCCAUCGAUCUAUCGUUGAAGGACAAAAAGCACUUGAAGACUAUUUACAAUUGAACAAUGAUCAAAUUAAUGAAAUUGUCGAACUUGUCCGAGGUAAACUAUCAGAACAAAAUCGUGCAACAUUGGAAGCUCUUGUCGUACUUGAUGUACAUUCACGUGAUGUGUUGGCAACAUUAGUCGAUGCUAAAGUUUCGAAAGAAGAUGAUUUCUUAUGGUUAGCACAACUUCGAUACUACUGGGAGAAUGAAAGUGUAUUGACACGUAUGAUCAAUGCAAGUUUAAAAUACGGUUAUGAAUAUCUUGGUAACUCAUCUCGUCUUGUUAUUACUCCAUUGACAGAUCGAUGUUAUCGUACUUUAUUCUCUGCCUUACAUCUACAUUUGGGUGGUGCACCUGAAGGCCCAGCUGGCACAGGAAAAACUGAAACAACAAAAGAUUUAGCAAAAGCUGUUGCUAAACAAUGUAUUGUCUUCAAUUGUUCAGAUGCUAUGGAUUACAAAGCAUUGGGCAAAUUCUUUAAAGGUCUUGCAUCAUGUGGCGCUUGGUCUUGUUUUGAUGAAUUCAAUCGUAUUGAUCUGGAAGUAUUAUCUGUUGUUGCUCAGCAAAUUUUAAUUAUUCAACGUGGUAUUACAUCAGGUGCUGAUACGAUUCUUUUUGAAGGUACCGAUAUCAAACUUGACCCAACAUGUGCAACAUUUAUUACAAUGAAUCCUGGUUAUGCUGGACGAUCUGAACUACCAGAUAACUUGAAAGCUCUGUUCAGACCAGUAGCUAUGAUGGUUCCUGAUUACAGUAUGAUUGCUGAAAUUAAAUUAUAUUCUUCUGGUUUCGUCAAUGCUCGACCAUUGGCCGUUAAAAUUGUAGCUACAUAUCGUUUAUGUUCUGAACAAUUAUCAUCUCAGCAUCACUACGAUUAUGGUAUGCGUGCUGUCAUCUCAGUUUUAAUUGCAGCCAAAAAUCUCAAAUUGAAAUAUCCCGAUCAGAAUGAAGAUAUUCUCGUUUUACGAUCAAUUAUUGAUGUUAACUUGCCGAAAUUUUUAGCUGGUGAUUUACCGUUAUUUGCUGGUAUUACAAGUGAUUUGUUUCCUGGUGUUAAAUUACCUAAACCAGAUUAUGAUCAAAUGAAUGUAGCUGUCGAACAAGCAUGUAAAGAUGCUAAUUUACAAUGCACAUCAUUCUUCCUGGAGAAAAUUCAACAAAUUUAUGAAAUGAUGAUUGUACGACACGGUUUUAUGAUUGUUGGUGGACCGAUGGGUGGGAAAACAAGUGCUUACAGAACAUUAGGAGCAGCAUUGGCUCUUCUUCAUGAAAAAGGUCAAAUGGAUGAAAAUAAAGCUGAAUAUACAGUUAUUAAUCCAAAAUCAGUUACUAUUGGUCAAUUAUAUGGUCAAUUCGAUCCUGUCAGUCAUGAAUGGAGUGAUGGCGUUUUAGCUGUCAACUAUCGAAAAUUUGCAGUAUCAACAACGCCGGAUCGUAAAUGGUUACUUUUCGAUGGUCCAGUCGAUGCUAUAUGGAUUGAAAAUAUGAAUACUGUAUUGGAUGAUAAUAAAAAAUUAUGUUUAAACAGUGGUGAAAUUAUUCAAUUGGCAAAGACAACUAAUUUAAUUUUUGAGCCUAUGGAUCUCGAACAAGCUUCACCAGCUACUGUUUCACGUUGUGGUAUGAUCUAUAUGGAACCAGCUUCUCUUGGCUGGCGACCAGUAUUUACUUCAUGGUUAAAUUUAGCACCACCAACGCUAACUGAACAACAUAAAAAAUUAAUCAUUGAAUUAUUCGAACGCUUCGUUGAUCCAUGUAUUGCUUAUUUACGAAAAGGUGGCUUGAAAGAAUUAUCCCCAACAAGUGAUUCUAAUCUUGUACGGUCAUUAAUGAAUAUACUCGAUUGUCUAUUUGAGAAAUUUCAUGAUCCGAAGAAAUUUGCCUCCUACGUAACAAAAGAAAUUUUUACAUGGAUUGAAGGAAUGUUCUUUUUUGCAUUAAUAUGGUCAAUUGGCAUAACUGGUGAUACAAAUAGUCGAGUCAAAUUCGAUAUAUUCUUACGAAAAAUAAUGGUAGCUGGUAUUGAUGAUGAAGAAAAACGAAAUUUUAGUCUAUUAGAUCCUGUACCACCACCACCAAAGCCUUACACAGCUCUUUUACCGGAGCAUUUAACUAUUUACCAUUACAAAUUUGUUUCUGAAACGGAGGACGAGGAAAAUGCUCGCGAAAAACCGCCUGAUGCUGAAGAAGGCAAUCAAUAUUGGGAACCAUGGUCAUAUCAACUUUAUAAUGUUCCUCCCAUUGCAAAAGAUACACUUUUUAAUGAAAUUAUUGUUGAAACAUUAGAUACCGUUCGAUUUACAUCAUUGCUCGACAUGCUUGUAACGCAUCAAAAAUCUGUACUCGUUGUUGGUCCAACGGGCACUGGUAAAUCAGCAUAUAUCAUUGAAUAUUUACUACGUAAAUGUGAUAAAGCUAUAUAUAAACCAAUAUUUAUUAACUUUUCGGCACAAACAAGUGCAAGUCAAACACAAGAUAUUAUUAUGUCAAAAUUAGAUAAACGACGAAAAGGUGUCUAUGGUCCACCGGUUGGACAAAAAUGCGCCGUUUUUGUUGAUGAUCUUAAUAUGCCACAAGUUGAACAAUAUGGAGCUCAACCACCCGUUGAAUUAUUACGACAAUGGCUUGAUCAUAGUAAUUGGUAUGAUCGAAAAGAUCAAUCACGUAUUGGUCUCAUUGAUAUGCAACUUAUUUGUGCUAUGGGUCCUCCAGGUGGUGGCCGUAAUGCAGUAACAGCUCGUUUUCUACGACAUUUCAAUACACUUGGCAUCAAUGAAUUUGAUGAUAAAGUAUUAACAACUAUUUUCACGAAAAUCAUGGAAUGGCAUAUUACUGCCAAAAAUUUCAAUGAUCAAUUUAAACUUGUAAUUCCAAUGAUUGUUCAAUCUACACUUAGCGUAUACAAAGCAUCGCUUCUUUCGUUGCUGCCAACGCCAGCAAAAUCGCAUUAUUUAUUCAAUUUACGUGAUUUCUCACGUGUUAUUCAAGGUAUUGCAUUAAGUGAUCCAGAGUCAUGUCCAGAUCCAGCCGCAAUGAAACGAAACUGGAUUCAUGAAAUUCUUCGUGUAUUUUACGAUCGUUUAAUUGAUGAUGAUGAUCGUAAAUGGUUAUAUGAACAAGUCAUAAAAACAUCAAAAGAAGUUCUCCGUGAAAAUUUCCAUAAUUUACUCGGACAUUUAGAUGUUGAAAAAAAUGGCACCGUUACCGAAGAUAAUUUACGUAGUUUAAUUUAUUGUGAUUUUGGCGAUCCGAAAAAUGAAGCACGACGUUAUUUAGAAGUUACGAAUCUUGAACAAUUGCGUACAGUUAGUGAACAGUAUCUUGAUGAAUUUAAUCAAAUGUCUAAAAAACCGAUGAAUCUUGUCUUGUUUCGUUUUGCUAUUGAACAUGUAUCACGUGUAUCACGUAUCAUAAAACAACCAAGAUCACAUGCCUUAUUAGUUGGUGUCGGUGGUUCCGGUCGACAAUCAUUAACACGCCUUGCUGCACAUAUGUCUGAGAUGGACACAUUUCAAGUUGAAAUAUCAAAAAGUUACACAACAAAUGAAUGGCGUGAAGAUUUAAAACGUGCUCUACGCAAAGCCACUGAAACUGAUAGUCAUCUUGUUUUUCUAUUUUGUGAUACGCAAAUUAAGGAUGAAUCAUUUUUGGAAGAUAUCAAUAAUUUAUUGAAUAGUGGUGAAGUACCAAAUCUAUUUCCAGCUGAUGAAAAAGCUGAAAUCAUUGAUAAAAUGCGCACACUUGACAGACAACGAGAAAAAGUAAAACAAACUGAUGGCAGUCCAUUAGCUCUUUUCAACAUGUUCAUACAACGAUGUCGUGAUCAACUACAUAUUGUACUUGCUAUGAGUCCCAUUGGUGAUGCAUUUCGAAGUCGUCUAAGAAAAUUUCCAUCACUUGUUAAUUGCUGUACAAUUGAUUGGUUUCAAGGUUGGCCCGAAGAUGCGUUGGAAGCUGUUGCGCAAAAAUUUCUUGAAGAAACUGAUAUGACCGAUGAAGAACGUCGAGCAUGCAUUGAUAUAUGUAAAUAUUUUCAUGUUAGCACACAAACAGUAUCAAAGCGUUUUCUUGCUGAACUCGACCGACAUAAUUAUGUCACACCAACAUCGUAUCUUGAAUUAAUCAAUACAUUUAAAACUUUACUUGAAAAACGUCGUUCAGCUUUGUUAUCGGCGAAGACUCGUUAUGAAGUUGGCUUAGAAAAACUUGAAAAUGCUGCAUCACAAGUUGGUAAAAUGCAAAAGACCUUAGAAAAUUUACAGCCGCAACUUGUUGAGAUGGACAAAAAAGUUGAUGAAACAUUAGUGAUUGUUGAACGAGAAAAGACUGAAGCUGUUCGACAAGAACAAAUCGUUCGUGUUGACGAAGAAAAAGCCAAUGAACAAAAAGCAUCCGCUGAUCAAAUUAAAGCCGAGUGUGAUUUAGAACUCGAAGCAGCUAUGCCAGCGUUUAAACGAGCUACUGAAGCCUUAAAUACUAUAAAACCUGAACAAAUUGCUGAAAUGAAAGCUAUGAAAAAUCCACCAGGUGCUGUAAAAACAGUUAUGGAAGCUAUAUGUAUAUUACUUGGUGAACAAUCAGAACGAGUUGUCGACCCCGCAACUGGCCAACGUAAAGAAGAUUGGUGGAAAACAUCUCAACGUGUUUUAGGUACUCAGAAUUUUCUCAAAACUCUACUCACCUAUAAACGUGAUGAAAUUUCGCCUGCUCUAAUGAAACGUAUUCGUGAGAAAUAUGUACCGGAUCCAAAUUUUCAACCAGAUAAAGUCGAAACUGUUUCACAAGCUUGCGCUGGUUUAUGCAAGUGGACAUUGGCUAUGGAUAAAUAUGAUGUGGUCGCUAAAAUCGUUGCACCGAAGAAGCAAGCUUUAGCUGCUGCUGAAGAUCAAGUCGCAAAAGCUGAAGCUAUUCUAUCGGCAAAACGUGCACAUUUACGUACUGUACAAGAGAAAUUAGCUGUUUUACAAAAACAACUCGAUGAAAAUUUAGCGAAAAAAGACGAACUAUCGAAACAAGUCAUGGAUUGUAAAACAAAAUUAACACGUGCAGAAACUUUAAUCGGCGGACUUGGUGGUGAAAAAUCACGUUGGAUGCAAGCUGCGAAAGAUUUAACACAUCAAUAUGAUAAUCUUAUUGGUGACAUACUUCUAUCAAGUGGUGUUAUUGCCUAUCUAGGAGCAUUUACCGCUGUUUUUCGACAAGAUACGGCAAAUGAAUGGCUUAAAUUAAUCGAAGAAAAAAAUCUACCACGUUCACCAUCAUUUUCUCUUGUUGGUACUCUUGGAGAGCCUGUUGUUAUUCGAGCAUGGAAUAUUGCUGGAUUACCAAGUGAUUCAUUUUCAAUAGAAAAUGGUAUUAUACUAAGUAAUUCUCGCCGAUGGCCAUUAAUGAUUGAUCCUCAAGGACAAGCAAAUAAAUGGAUUAAAAAUAUGGAAAAACCGAAAAAUUUACAUGUAAUUAAGCCAUCUGAUUCUGAUUAUGUACGUGUUUUGGAAAAUUGUAUUCAAUUUGGUCAUCCUGUUUUAAUGGAAAAUAUUGGCGAGGAAAUUGAUCCAAUGCUUGAACCAUUACUUCUUAAACAAACAUUUAAACAAGGCGGUAGUUUAUGUAUUAAACUGGGAGAUUCAGUCAUUGAAUAUUCGCCUGAUUUUCGUUUUUAUAUGACAACUAAAUUACGUAAUCCACAUUAUUUACCGGAAACAGCUGUUAAAGUGGCCCUACUUAACUUUAUGAUUACAUUCGAAGGCCUUCAAGAUCAAAUUUUGGGUAUCGUUGUUGCACGUGAACGUCCCGAAUUGGAAGAAGAAAAGAAUUCUCUAAUUAUUCAAGGUGCUGAAAAUAAACGAAUGUUAAAAGAAAUUGAAGAUAAAAUUCUUCAAGUGUUAAGUGCUUCGUCUGGAAACAUUCUUGAAGAUGAAGCAGCUAUUAACGUUCUCUCAAGUUCCAAAGCAUUAGCUAACGACAUUAGUGAAAAACAAUUAAUUGCCGAAGAAACAGAGAAAAAGAUCGAUGCUGCUCGUUUAGGUUAUACGCCAAUUGCUAUUCAUUCAACCAUUCUGUUCUUCUCCAUCGCUGAUCUGGCUAAUAUUGAGCCUAUGUAUCAAUAUUCAUUGACAUGGUUUGUUAACUUAUUCGUAGCGUCGAUUGAAAAUUCAGAAAAAUCAGACAUAUUAGAUACACGAUUAGCUAAUCUACGUAAUCAUUUCACCUAUUCAUUAUAUAGUAAUAUCUGUCGUUCAUUAUUUGAAAAAGAUAAAUUAUUAUUCUCAUUUUUACUUUGUGUUAAUUUACUUAAAUAUGAAAAACAAAUCGAUGAUGAAGAAUGGAGAUUCUUACUAACAGGUGGUGUUGCUUUAUCGAAUACAUUUUCAAAUCCAACAGCAUGGCUGCCAAUAAAAUCAUGGGAUGAACUUGUUCGUGUUGAUGAAUUAGCACGCUUUAAAGAUAUAAGAAAAAAUUUUCUUGCACAAAAAGAUGGCUGGAAACUUGUUUACGAUUCAACAGAACCACAUAGAGAGAAAUUCCCUGACCAAUGGCAAACUCAACUAGGAGACUUUCAACGGAUGUGUGUUAUACGUUGUAUACGUCCGGAUAAAGUUGUACCUGCUGUACAAGAUUUCGUACGUGAUCAUUUGGGCCAGAAAUAUAUUGAACCACCGCCAUUCGAUUUAUCAAAAUCAUAUCAAGAUUCAACUUGUAUUACACCGAUUAUAUUUGUUUUGUCUCCAGGUUCCGAUCCGAUGUCAUCGUUGAGUAAAUUUGCCGAUGAUAUGGGUUUCGGUGGAGCUAAAAUGCCAUCUCUUUCCUUGGGUCAAGGACAAGGCCCAUAUGCAGUACAAAAUAUACAAAAGGGUAUAAAAGAAGGUAAUUGGGUUGUACUACAAAAUUGCCAUUUGGCUCCAUCAUGGAUGCCUCAACUCGAGAAGAUUUGCGAAGAAUUUAAUCCUGAUACAAUUCAUCCAGAAUUUCGUCUAUGGUUAACAUCAUAUCCAAGUAAACAAUUUCCUGUUGCUAUAUUGCAAAAUGGUGUUAAAUUAACCAAUGAAGCACCAAAAGGUUUACGCUUCAAUCUAUUGCGAUCAUAUUUAAGUGAUCCAAUUAAAGACCCAGAAUUUUUUGCCAAUGCUAAAAAUGGACGAGCAUGGAAAAAACUUUUAUUUGGUCUUUGCUUCUUUCAUGCGUUAGUACAAGAACGACGUAAAUUUGGACCACUUGGAUGGAACAUUCCAUAUGAAUUCAAUGAAACUGAUUUACGUAUUUCCGUGCAACAAUUGAAUAUGUUUCUUAAUCAAUACGAUGAUGUUCAAUAUGAAGCUAUUCGUUAUUUAACAGGAGAAUGUAACUAUGGUGGUCGUGUUACUGAUGAUUGGGAUCGUCGAACAUUGAAAACUUUACUUGCCAAAUUUUAUUGUCCAAUUAUUAUCGACUCCGAUGCAUUUCGUUUUGAUGAAAGUGGCCAUUACUAUGCACCACUAGAUGGUGAUUAUGAAUCAUAUAUGACUUAUAUUAACAAUUUACCGUUAAAUGCUGAUCCAAAUAUAUUCGGUUUUCAUGCAAAUGCUGAUAUAACAAAAGAUCAAAAUGAAACAAACCAAUUAUUUGAAAACAUCCUUCUUACACAGGCAAAAGGAUCUACAGGUGGUGUUGGCAAAACACCCGAUGAUCUUGUUAGUGAAGUAGCUGCUGAAAUUCUUAGCAAAUUACCACCUAAUUAUAAUAUUGAAAUGGCUAUGCGAAAAUAUCCAACUGAAUACAAACAAAGUAUGAAUACUGUACUUGUACAAGAAAUGGGUCGAUUCAAUCGACUUUUAACAACUGUUCGUCAAUCUUUAAUCGAUGUACAAAAGGCCAUCAAAGGUCUUGUUGUCAUGUCAGCUGAAUUAGAAGAAGUAUUUAUGUCAAUGCUUAAAUCGAGAAUUCCUGGCACGUGGAAAAAGAAAUCUUAUCCAUCAUUAAAACCACUUGGCUCGUAUGUGCUGGAUUUUAUUGCUCGAUUGAAAUUUCUUCAGGUAAGAAUUAAUAGAAAUCUAUGUUAA